AACAUGGAGAUACUGUGGAAUGAGAAAUUUUGGUUUCCCAAGGGAGUGACAUGGAAAGAUAUGCAGAAUGUGGACCCCAAAGUGUAUAUUCCACAGAUUGAGGAUAUAGGAAUCUUCUCCAUUGUUGUCGGGCUCGUGCUACUGAUCACUAGAUUCCUAACGGAGAGGUUAAUAGUGAUUCCUCUGGCAAAAUGUCUGGGAGUAAAAGUCAGAAAGAACGUCCAACUGACAAAUAUUCCAGAGUUAGAACAGCUAUACAAAAGAAAGAAAAAUGAUGCCAGAUCUAUAAAGGAAGUUGCAAAAAAGACUGAUUUAUCAGAAAGGCAGGUUCAUCACUGGCUGCGGAAACGGGCUAAGAAAGACAGCCCGAGUACCAUGCAGAAGUUCACUGAGUGCAGCUACCAUUUUAUGUUCUACUGUACCAUGUUUGUGUAUGGACUCUACAUACUAUGGGAUAAAUCCUGGUUUUGGGAAACAAAGUAUUGCUGGAUUGAUUGGCCUAAACAGAAUGUUACCCGUGGUGUGUACUGGUAUUACAUAAUAGAACUGGGUUUCUACUGGAGUUUGACCUUCACCUUGUUGAUUGACCAUAAACGUAAGGACUUUAAAGAGAUGGUGGUCCAUCAUCUGGUGACGAUGACUCUGAUGUACUUCUCCUGGGUGUGUAACUUUGUCAGGGUGGGGACACUUGUACUGUUGGUACAUGAUGCCGUUGAUUAUUGGAUGGCUGCUGCUAAGAUGGCCAAGUACUGUAAGAGACAGACGCUUUGCGAGAUAUUUUUUGUCGUGUUUGUCAUCGUUUGGAUCCUUACAAGACUUAUGAUCUACCCUCUCAGAGUGCUGUACACCAGCAGUAUUGAGUAUUACGAGUACCUGGAUUACUUCCCCUCGGCGUACCUGUUUAACGCUCUCCUGAUUGUGCUACAGAUUCUACACAUUCUGUGGACCUUCAUGAUCAUCAAAAUUAUUUUACAGAAAUUCACUGAAGGGGAGCUGAAGAAGGACAGCAGAAGUGACUCAGAGUCCGAUACAGAUGACGGCGACACGACAGCAUCAGAAGAAGCCUCGCCACAGAGACACCGCAUGGUGACACGACAACGAGCCAACAUCAUGAACGGCACAACGUGAUGUUGACCAUAUCACAUGUCUACUUUAUCAUUACCGUAUCAUCUUAGGAACACCACUAAUGGACUAUGUAGCAUCUACUGUCGAUCACCAAGUUUUCGCAAUACCUUAUUUUCGCAAGAAAUUUAUUUGGUAUUUAUAAGUGAGGCAUAAUUUUUGCUAAUUUUGGUUAUUGUUAAAUUUGUGUAUUAUCUUUGAUAAACAAGUAAACAUGAGAAUAAAUUUUCAUGAGCAGGGAGUCCAACAUAAUUAUGCGAAAAUGAAGUUGUUGUGAAUAAAAUGUGAUUUACAGUAUUUUCAAAUUUUGCAGGCCUAAAUACCAUUUAACAUUAAAAUUUCUUUUUAUUGUAAAAUGUUAAAUCUUAAAGUAGGCAUUUGCAUUGGCAUCUGUACAUGUAAUAGUAAACCCUUUUACAUUGAAAGGUUUAUGGAUAGCAAAAAAUGAAGGACAUGUCAAGAAGUAAUUCUACUAGCAGGAGUUAUCAAAAAAUUGCAGGAAUUAGAAAGAUGGUAACACUUUUUUAUAUCAUUUCUAUUUGACAUGAACAAUUUUAUUUCUCUAAAAACCUAUCCAAGACAGACUUUUUUCCUUAAAAUAUUUAAUGUGUUAAAUAUUUACAGAUAAAUGAUCAAUAGACUGGAUAAGGCUUUUCAGAUCUCACUCUCCUGCAUCAGUACUAGGAGAUUUUCAAAGAAUCUUCUACUUAAAUAGAUCUGUUCAAAAUAAGUGCUUAUACAUUGUACAGGAUGCUUUAGUUUUACAAAGUACUGACAAAAAGAAGCAUUAACUGUUAACUUUUUGUAAGUUUUAAUUUUGUUGGUUUCUGGCAUUUUUAUCCAUCAUGGGUAUUCAGAGAAUAUUACAUGUACAUGUUGCCUUGUUAGACCGUAUAAAACUACCUAUAGUCAGGAAAUUUUGGUCUGGAUAAGUCUGAUGAUCUUGCAGGCAUAAAUACUGUAAAUAUACUUUUUUCCCAUGAGGCCAUAAACCAUAAUUUCCUGGAAUGACAAUUUCAUUUCAAUCUGCAGGUAGAAAAUUAAAUUUCAGAUUUCUUAGAUUGCCACUAAUUCUUUAAAUGUACUUAAGUUACACUGGGGCAAAUUUCCAUGAAAAAAUUUGUGACCACAUACAUAGCAUAAAUUAAUACCAUGUGGAGAAAAGUACCUCUACAGUAAAUAAUAAAAAUCAUCAUUUACGUGAAUCCACCAAAUGUGAAAAAUGUUAGAGACUUUGAUGAAAGGAAAGUUUUAAGACUGAUUUUAUUUUUUUCACUUUUGACAAUCUCCCUUGUGUUUCUUACAGUUAGAUUCUUAUAUGGCAGUCAUUGAGUAAAAGGAACAUGUAAGAUGAGCUAAAUAUCAGAGUGUUUGUGUGUUUUAGUCUCAAAUAUAUAUCUGAUUCUAUUGAAAAUGAUUAAGUGAAAAUGUGUUAAUAGUUAAUGAAUAACCACUUAUGUACCUUUACAAGAACCACUGAAUUUACUUGUUGCUAUCAGUGUACAAGAACCACUGAAUGUACAUGUUGCUGUCGGUGUACAUGAACCACUGAAUGUUGCUACCAGUGUACAUGAACCACUGAAUGUACUUGUUGCUACCAGUGUACAUGAACCACUGAAUGUACAUGUUGUUACCAGUGUACAUGAACCACUGAAUGUACAUGUUGCUACCAGUGUACAUGAACCACUGAAUGUACAUGUUGCUACCAGUGUACAUGAACCACUGAAUGUACAUGUUGCUACCAGUGUACAUGAACCACUGAAUGUACUUGUUGCUAUCAGUGUACAUGAACCACUGAAUGUACAUGUUGUUAUCAGUGUACAUGAACCACUGAGUAGUGUACAUGCUGGUACCAGUGUACUUGGUCAGCUACUUGUACAUAUAUGUACUGUUUUUGUUGCUUUAAGAUGAAGACAUUGUCAGUCAAUUUUAGCUCUGUUCUUAUGGUGUGAAAUUAAAACUUGUCUUUAUGUUGUGAAAGUAUUGUAUAUGUACUAGCUGAAUAUGUAUAAUUGUAUGCAUAACAAUUUAUUAUGUACCCCAGGUAAUGUAUAACUAGACAAGUGCUUUAUAGCUUAAAUUUUUGUUAUGAAUCACAUACCAUUAUAUUGUAUUCAUUUUGAUUUAUUUGUUUUCCGAAAAGGAUUAAAAAUUAAUUUAUUUGUGGAAGUGCUUACUGAUAGAAUUGCAAUGAAAACUAAAUGUUUCUUUGUUUUAAUAUAUAAUAGCAUUGUAAACCCUUGUUUAACCUGUGCUUCUU